CUCCCCUCUUCGCUCUGCUCCGCGGCGGACGGCAGCGUAGCGCCGCCAGCCAUUCAAGGCCUGCCCCGCCGCCGCCGGCGCCAUCUUCGAUCUUCCUCCCCCUUCCCUUCCAGUGCGCGCGGCCCGCAGGCAUUCCGUCGAACGCCUCCGGUGCGCACCCACCUGACCACACCCCCACCACCUCCGCCCACCACUUCCGCGGUCGAGUCGGUCCCGUCGUCCACCUCUCCUCUCUUCGGAGCAGGACCCCCUUCCCGUGACCAACCGGCUGCUCCUCUCCGUCCGUCUCCGUGUGGGCUUCCCUCCCUCCUUCCAAAUCGUGUUCGACUCCGCCACCCCUCCAAUUCCCCGCAAUACAUAUAGAUAAGCAGCAGCCACCACCAGAUUACCAAACCGGUUUCGAAUUCGCCGGAUUUCGGGUGCGGUCGCGAGAUUACCGUCGUGUGCCGUGUUCGUCGGAGAACUUGCGCCGUCGUCGCCCUGAUUGGUGGUGGUGAGUGGCGCUGAAGGUUGGUCAGAGGGGGCAAUGAUGGUGAAGUCCGACCAGAUCACCGAAUUCUGCAAGGCCCUCGGGGGCGACACGCCGAUCCGCAGCGUGCUGGUCGCCAACAAUGGGAUGGCCGCCGUCAAGUUCAUGCGCAGCAUCCGCGCCUGGGCCUCCGAGACCUUUGGCACCGACAAGGCCGUCCUCCUGGUGGCCAUGGCGACCCCGGAGGACCUCCGGGCCAACGCGGAGCACGUGCGGAUCGCCGACCAGUUCCUCGAGGUCCCCGGUGGAACCAAUAACAACAACUAUGCAAAUGUGCAGCUCAUUGUCGAGAUAGCAGAGAGGACCCGGAUUUCCGCAGUUUGGCCUGGCUGGGGUCAUGCUUCUGAGGACCCAGAGCUUCCAGAUGCGCUCAAGGAAAAGGGGAUCAUCUUUCUUGGGCCGCCAUCGGCCGCCAUGGCUGCACUAGGUGAUAAGAUCGGUUCCUCUCUUAUCGCACAGGCAGCAGGAGUUCCAACUCUUCCAUGGAGUGGGUCACAUGUGAAAGUUCCUCAAGAAACCUGCCACUCGAUACCUGAGGAGAUCUAUAAGAAGGCUUGUGUUUCAACCACAGAGGAAGCAGUGGCUAGUUGUCAAGUGGUGGGGUAUCCUGCAAUGAUCAAGGCAUCAUGGGGCGGUGGUGGUAAAGGAAUAAGGAAGGUGCACAAUGACGAUGAGGUGAGAGCCUUGUUUAAGCAGGUGCAAGGAGAAGUCCCUGGAUCGCCUAUAUUUGUUAUGAAGUUGGCUUCUCAGAGCCGGCAUCUAGAGGUUCAGUUGCUCUGUGACAAGCACGGCAACGUAGCAGCGCUGCACAGUCGGGACUGUAGUGUUCAGAGAAGGCACCAAAAGAUUAUUGAAGAGGGACCAAUCACAGUUGCUCCUCCGGAAAAAGUUAGAGAGCUUGAGCAGGCAGCAAGGCGGCUCGCUAAAUGUGUGCAAUAUCAGGGUGCUGCCACCGUGGAAUAUCUGUACAGCAUGGAGACAGGUGAAUACUACUUCCUGGAGCUUAAUCCAAGAUUGCAGGUAGAACACCCUGUGACCGAAUGGAUUGCUGGAGUAAACCUACCUGCAUCUCAAGUUGUGGUAGGAAUGGGCAUACCCCUCUACAACAUUCCAGAGAUCAGACGCUUUUAUGGAGUGGAACAUGGAGGUGGCUAUCACAGCUGGAAGGAAAUAUCAGCUGUUGCGGCUAAAUUUGACUUGGACAAAGCACAGUCUGUAAGGCCAACGGGUCACUGUGUAGCAGUUCGAGUUACUAGCGAGGAUCCAGAUGAUGGGUUUAAGCCUACUGGUGGAAGAGUGGAGGAGCUAAACUUUAAAAGUAAACCCAAUGUUUGGGCCUAUUUCUCGGUUAAGUCUGGCGGAGCAAUUCAUGAGUUUUCUGAUUCUCAGUUUGGUCAUGUUUUUGCUUUUGGGGAAUCCAGGUCGUUGGCAAUAGCCAAUAUGGUACUUGGGUUAAAAGAGAUCCAGAUUCGUGGAGACAUACGCACCAAUGUUGAUUACACGGUGGACCUCUUGAAUGCUGCAGAAUACCGUGAAAAUAAGAUCCACACUGGUUGGCUAGACAGCAGAAUAGCUAUGCGUGUCAGAGCAGAGAGGCCACCAUGGUACCUUUCAGUUGUUGCUGGAGCUCUAUAUGAAGCAUCAAGCAGGAGCUCGAGUGUUGUGACCGAUUAUGUCGGUUAUCUCAGUAAAGGUCAAAUACCACCAAGGCACAUCUCUCUUGUCAAUUUGACUGUAACACUAAAUAUAGAAGGGAUCAAAUAUACAGUUAAGACAGUAAGAGGUGGACCUGGUAGCUACAAAUUAAGAAUCAAUGAAUCAGAGAUUGAAGCAGAGAUGCAUUCAUUGCGUGAUGGCGGGCUCUUAAUGCAGUUGGAUGGAAACAGUCAUGUAAUUUACGCAGAGACAGAGGGGGCUGGUACGCGCCUUCUAAUCAAUGGUAGAACAUGCUUAUUACAGAAAGAACAUGAUCCUUCCAAGCUGUUGGCUGAUACACCGUGCAAACUUCUUCGGUUUUUGGUCGCCGAUGGUUCUCAUGUGGUUGCUGAUACACCAUAUGCUGAAGUGGAGGUCAUGAAGAUGUGCAUGCCACUGUUACUACCGGCCUCUGGCGUUAUUCACUUUGUCAUGCCUGAGGGUCAGGCCAUGCAGGCGAGUGACCUGAUAGCAAGGUUGGAUCUUGACGACCCAUCUUCUGUGAGGAAAGCUGAACCAUUUCAUGGCACCUUCCCAAAACUUGGACCUUCUGCUGCUACUUCGGGCAAAGUUCACCAAAAGUUUGCUGCAAGUAUGAAUUCUGCCCACAUGAUCCUUGCAGGUUAUGAACAUAAUAUCAGCCAUGUUGUACAAGAUUUGCUAAACUGCCUAGACAGCCCGGAGCUCCCUUUUCUUCGGUGGCAAGAACUCAUGUCCGUUUUGGCAACACGACUCCCAAAAGAUCUUAGGAAUGAGUUGGAUGGUGUGUACAAGGAGUAUGAGUUGAAUGCUGACUUCCGGAAUGGCCAGGAUUUCCCUGCCAAGUUGAUAAGGGAAGUCAUUGAGGCAAAUCUUGCACACUGUUCUGAGAAAGAUAGGAUUACCAGUGAGAGGCCUAUAGAGCCACUUAUGAGCCUGGUCAAGUCAUAUGAGGGUGGAAGAGAAAGCCAUGCUUGCGUUGUUGUCAAGUCUCUCUUUGAGGAGUAUUUAUCUGUUGAAGAACUGUUCAGUGAUGACAUUCAGUCUGAUGUGAUAGAACGUCUACGACUUCAACAUGCAAAAGACCUUGAGAAGGUUGUCUAUAUUGUGUUCUCCCAUCAGGGUGUGAAAAAUAAAAAUGAGUUGAUACUACAGCUUAUGGACGGAUUGGUCUAUCCAAAUCCAUCUGCUUACAGGGACCAGUUGAUGCGCUUUUCUGCUCUGAACCAUACAGCAUACUCUGGGCUGGCACUUAAAGCAAGUCAACUUCUUGAGCAAACUAAAUUGAGUGAACUCCGCACAAGCAUAGCAAGAAGCCUUUCAGAGCUGGAGAUGUUUACUGAGGAAGGAGAGGGGUUUCAACUUUCAACACCUAGGAGGAAGAUGGCCAUCAAUGAAAGGAUGGAAGAUCUAGUGUGUGCCCCACUUGCAGUUGAAGACGCCCUUGUGGCUUUGUUUGAUCACAGUGAUCCUACUCUUCAGCGGAGAGUAGUGGAGACAUACAUACGGAGAUUGUACGAGCAUUACCUUGUAAGGGGUAGUGUCCGGAUACAAUGGCACAGGUCUGGCCUGAUUGCAUUAUGGGAAUUCUCCGAAGAGCAUAUUGGGCAGUCUGCGACACUUCUAAAGCAACAUGUAAAGGAUCCCAGGGGCAGGCGAUGGGGUGUAAUGGUUGUAAUCAAGUCUCUUCAGUGUCUGUCAACUGCGAUUGAAGCUGCAUUAAAGGAGACUUCACAUUACAGAGCAGGUGCUGGAAGUGUCUCAGAUGGUAAUCCUAUAAAUUCUAACCAUGGCAAUAUUCUGCAUAUUGCUUUGGUUGGUAUCAGCAAUCAGAUGAGCACUCUUCAAGACAGUGGUGAUGAGGAUCAAGCUCAAGAAAGGAUUAACAAACUUUCCAAGAUUCUGAAGGAGACUAUAACAUCGCAUCUCAAUGGUGCUGGUGUUAGGGUUGUCAGCUGCAUUAUCCAAAGAGAUGAAGGGCGUCCGCCAAUGCGCCACUCCUUCAAAUGGUCAUUUGACAAGCUAUAUUAUGAGGAGGACCCGAUGCUCCGUCAUGUGGAACCUCCUUUGUCCACAUUUCUUGAAUUGGACAAAGUGCAUUUAGAAGGUUACAGUGACGCGAAAUACACGCCAUCGCGUGAUCGCCAGUGGCAUAUCUACACACUAGUAAAUAACAGUAGAGAUCCGAGAUCAAAUGACCAAAGGAUGUUUCUUCGUACCAUAGUCAGACAGCCAAGUGUGACCAAUGGUUUUUCGUUUGGAAAUAUUGACAAUGAGGUAUGCCGUGCUCAAGCCUCAUCAUCAUUAAUAUCUAACAGCAUACUCAGAUCAUUGAUGGCAGCGCUGGAGGAAGUAGAGUUACAUGCUCACAAUGAGGCUGUGAGGUCAGGCCACUCCCAUAUGUAUAUGUGCAUACUGAGAGAGCAGCGGUUGUUUGAUCUAAUUCCAGUUUCAAGGCGGACGGAUGAAGUUGGCCAAGAUGAGGAGACAGCAUGCACACUUUUGAAGCAUAUGGCUACGAAUAUACAUGAACAUGUUGGUGUCAGGAUGCAUCGCCUUUCCGUGUGCCAGUGGGAAGUGAAGCUAUGGUUAGAUUGUGAUGGGCAAGCUAGUGGUGCUUGGAGAGUUGUUGUUACCAUUGUCACUGGGCAUUCCUGCACUGUUGAUAUUUACCGAGAAGUGGAGGACUCCAAUAGUAAGCUUUUCUACCGCUCCGCCACACCCGCAGCUGGUCCUUUGCAUGGCAUUCCAUUACAUGAGCCAUACAAACCUUUGGAUGCUCUUGACCAGAAACUGAACACCGCUAGGAAAAAUGAAACUACAUACUGCUAUGAUUUCCCAUUGGUAUUUGAAAAAGCAUUGAAGGAGUCCUGGAAAUCUGGUAUUUCACAUGUUGCAGAAGCUAACGGGCACAAUCAGCGGUAUGCUCAAGUGACAGAGCUUAUGUUUGCUGAUUCAACUGGAUCAUGGGGUACUCCUUUGGUUCCUGUUGAGCGUCCUCCAGGUAUGAAUGAUAUUGGAACUGUUGCUUGGAAGAUGAAGCUCUCCACACCAGAAUUUCCAGACGGCCGGGAGAUUAUAGUUGUUGCAAAUGACGUGACAUUUAAAGCUGGUUCUUUUGGUCCUAGAGAAGAUGCAUUCUUCGAUGCUGUUACCAAUCUUGCUUGUGAGAGGAAAAUUCCUCUAAUCUACUUGGCAGCAACUUCUGGUGCUAGGCUCGGUGUAGCAGACGAAAUAAAGGCAUGCUUCCAUGUCGGAUGGUCUGAUGAUGAGAUCCCUGAACGUGGUUUUCACUAUAUUUACCUCAUGGAUCAAGAUUAUUCACGUCUAAGAUCUUCGGUUAUAGCCCAUGAGCUAAAGCUGGAAAGUGGAGAAACCAGAUGGGUUGUUGAUACCAUUGUUGGGAAAGAGGACGGACUCGGUUGUGAGAAUCUACAUGGAAGUGGUGCCAUUGCCAGUGCCUACUCUAAGGCAUACAGAGAGACGUUUACUCUGACAUUUGUGACUGGGAAAGCUGUUGGCAUUGGGGCUUAUCUUGCUCGGAUAGGGAUGCGGUGUAUACAGCGCCUUGAUCAACCAAUUAUUUUAACUGGGUUUUCUCCGCUAAACAAGCUCCUGGGGCGGGAGGUUUAUAGCUCUCAAUUGCAACUGGGUGGGCCCAAAAUCAUGGCUGCAAAUGGAGUUGCCCAUCUCACAGUGUCAGAUGAUCUUGAAGGUGUUUCUGCUAUCUUGAAAUGGCUCAGCUACGUGCCUCCGUAUGUUGGCGGUCCUCUUCCUAUUCUGAAACCUCUUGAUCCACCUGAGAGACCUGUAACAUAUUUCCCACAGAAUUCAUGUGAUGCCCGUGCAGCCAUCUGUGGCCUUCAGGAGGACACUCAAGGAGGCAAGUGGUUGGGUGGUAUGUUUGACAGAGAAAGCUUUGUGGAAACAUUAGGUGGAUGGGCGAAAACUGUUAUUACCGGAAGGGCAAAGCUGGGCGGGAUUCCAGUCGGUGUCAUAGCUGUGGAAACUGAGACAAUGAUGCAAGUGACCCCCGCUGAUCCUGGUCAGCUUGAUUCUGCAGAGCGUGUAGUCCCUCAAGCAGGACAGGUGUGGUUCCCAGAUUCGGCCGCGAAAACAGCCCAGGCACUGCUGGAUUUCAACCAUGAAGAGCUCCCGUUGUUCAUACUUGCUAACUGGAGAGGCUUUUCUGGUGGCCAAAGGGAUCUGUUUGAAGGAAUCCUUCAGGCCGGUUCCAUGAUUGUCGAGAAUCUGAGGACAUAUAAGCAGCCUGCUUUUGUGUAUAUACCAAAGGCUGGAGAGCUGCGUGGAGGCGCAUGGGUUGUGGUGGACAGCAAGGUCAAUCCUGAGCACAUUGAGAUGUAUGCCGAGAGGAGUGCAAAAGGUAAUGUCCUUGAGCCAAAGGCACUAAUUGAGAUCAAAUUUAAGCCAAAUGAAGUCGAAGAGAGCAUGCUAAGGCUUGAUCCUCAGUUGGCCAGACUCAAUGCUAGGCUCCUCCAAGAAAUUAAGACAGGCACGUCAGAAACGGAGUCCAUCAGGAUCAGGAGUAUGAUGGCCGCUCGGACGAAGCAGCUGAUGCCUAUAUACACUCAGGUUGCUACCUGGUUUGCUGAACUGCAUGACACCACUUCCAGAAUGAUUGCCAAAGGUGUGAUCAGUAAGGUGGUGGACUGGGAGGAGUCUCGGGCCUUCUUCUUCAGGAGGUUGCGAAGGAGGGUUGCCGAGGAUUCACUUGCCAAACAAGUUAGAGAAGCCGCCGGUGAGCAGAUGAUGCCUACUCACGGAUUAGCACUCGAGCGUAUCAAGGAAUGGCAUAUGGCUUCUCAAGGACAGGGAGAUGGCGAUAACUGGAACGACGACGAAGCUUUCUUCGCCUGGAAAGACGACUGUAGCAACUAUGACAAGUAUCUCGAGGAGUUGAAAGCUGCACGAGUAUCCAGGCUGUUGUCACAACUUGCUGAAAGCUCAGAUGUGAAGGCUUUGCCCAACGGUCUCUCGCUCCUGCUUGGCCAAAUGAAUCCUUCAAAGAGGGAGCAGGUCAUCGACGGCCUCAGGCAGCUUCUUGGUUGAUGGCAAAUAUAAACAGACCUGCUCGUCUUUGGCGGGUGGAGUAGAAAUUAGGCCUAUGUAUGUAGUGAGCCGUUUUAACCUUGUAGUAAAUUGUUUGGCCUGUCUCAUGCCAAUGUACAUUACACAGCCAGCCAGAGUCAAUAAGAAUGAUUAUUUAUGUUAAAGAUGAUAUUUAUGCUUC